GAAUUGGAAACUUCUACCAGUUCCGAACUCGUGUUGUCUGGUGAAACAUCUAAGCGAACCGUUCGACCGACGUGUAAAAUUAACCAACUGACUGACUCAUAUUGGUGGUCACUUUCCUUCUUCGGUGUAUUGUUCCCCUUGUGUGAAGGAGGAAGUAACCGUUUUGGGUUGGGUUGGGUUAGCAGGUGGAAGGAAAAAGGAAGAAAAACGGUACCCUCGGUGCGUGAUUCAUAUCUUCUAGAUUGAAACGUGUUUGGUCGAAUUGACAGAAAAAAAGACAGGAAACGUUGCGGCAGACCACCACUGUAAGAGAAAUCGCAGGAUUGGGCCUGAGGCCAUCGAGCAAAGUUCCUUGGAUUUCUGUGACCCGGCGCUUAACGUGUGUGUCAUCAGAUUGCAGCAAAGGAUUAGUCGGAGCGAAAAGAUAAAGAACGGAAAAGUCGGGCUGUGACCAGUUUCCGGGUGAAUCGAGUGUGGAAAAAUUUUCGCCCCAAGGAUACACCAAGAAUCGAAGACGUAUCGAGAUAAAAUCGAUUUGUAAUGUGAUUACGAUUUCCGUUCUUUCGCCUUUGCAGUAAUAUUGGUGUGCAUUGUUGAAUCGAUCCAGUGAAGGAUUUUUACUUUCUAUUUUUCUAAUUCAUUUUGUUAGUUUCUUCUUCUGCUGACUGGCCGGAUGCGCUGUAGUUGAGUGGAGCCUGUUACGAGGCGAAGAAAAGUGGAAGAAUAGGAAAAGUUAAAACAAGGAAAACACAGUGACGAGAAAAUCGAUUUCACGGAUCGUGUGUUUCAGAUAAUAAAAAAAUUACAACACAACUGUGCAGUGACAUACAGCUAUUUGUGAAUAAAGUUUGAAGUGGUUUUGAUAUAGAAUAGCGGAAAUGAUGUCCCGGUGGCUAGCGGCGUUGGCGAUAUUCGUCGUAACGUGGAGUACGACGUAUCAAGUUCAGGCCGCCUCUCCACGAUGGGAACCACAAAUUUCAGUGUUAUGCGAAGCCGGCCAGACAUAUCACCCACAGUAUCUCUCAGAGGAGGGUAGAUGGUCUACGGAUUUAAGCAUCAAAGUGCCCGGUUCGACGUGUUUGCGGGAUAAGAUGGAUCUGCUAGACUAUUGUAAAAAGGUCUAUCCAGGUCGAGAUAUCACGAAUAUCGUCGAAUCGUCUCACUAUCAGAAAAUCGGUGGCUGGUGCCGACAAGGUGCACUAAACUCAGCCAAGUGUAAAGGUGCUCAGCGGUGGAUCAAACCAUUCAGAUGUUUGGAAGGUCCUUUCCAGUCAGACGCUCUUCUGGUGCCCGAAGGAUGCCUAUUCGACCACAUCCACAACGCAUCCCGGUGCUGGCCGUUCAUCAGGUGGAACCAAACUGGCGCCGCAGCAUGCCAGGACCGGAACAUGCAAAUGCGAAGCUUCGCCAUGCUGCUGCCCUGUGGAAUCUCGCUCUUCUCCGGUGUCGAGUUCGUGUGCUGCCCAAAGCACUUCAAAGUUCCGAUGAAAGUGAAAAAGACCGACCUUCCGGUGCUGCCACAGGAAAGCGAAGUUCUUCCAGCAUUAGAUGAUGCCGACGCUGACAACUCCGAAGAUGAUGAUGACGAAGACGAUAUCGAUGAUGAUGAGGAUGAAGAUAUGCUGGGUGAUGAACCAAUUGAGAGCGACGAUGAUGAGUACGACUCUGAAGAAGACUUUGACGCUGACAAAGAACCGGAUACUGGGUCGGCAGCAUGGGAUAGCUUCAGCACACCUAUGCCACUUUUCGCUAAAGACAAGAAAGACAUCUACACAACAACGGCUUCCAGCACCACCGAAAAGCAAACCGAGAUCCCAACAACACCAAUAACCGCCAUUCCAACUCCCGAUCCAUACUUCACUCACUUCGACCCACGCUACGAACAUCAGAGCUUCAAGAGUUUGCACGCUGAAUUUCAGGAAGCGCAACAACGGCUCGAAGAAAGCCACCGUGAGAAGGUCACUAGAGUGAUGAAGGACUGGUCCGACCUGGAGGAGAAGUACCAAGACAUGCGCCUAGCUGACCCGAAAACAGCUCAAACCUUCAAGCAACGCAUGACCGCAAGGUUCCAGACUUCUGUGCAGGCACUGGAAGAGGAAGGCAACUCCGAGAAGCACCAGUUGGCGGCAAUGCAUCAACAGCGUGUACUAGCCCACAUCAACCAGCGCAAACGGGAAGCUAUGACGUGCUACACACAAGCACUCACUGAACAACCACCAAAUGCUCAUCGUGUUGAGAAAUGUCUCCAAAAACUGCUGCGCGCUCUUCACAAGGAUCGUGCCCAUGCUCUGUCCCACUAUCGUCAUUUGCUAGGAUCCGGAGGUGCUGGUGGACUGGAAGCGGCGGCCUCUGAGCGACCACGAACUCUCGAACGUCUCGUUGACAUUGACCGUGCCGUCAAUCAAUCCAUGUCGAUGCUGAAGCGGUACCCGGAACUCUCCACAAAACUAUCCCAACUGAUGGACGAUUACAUUCAAGCGCUUCGCUCGAAGGAUGAAACUCCAGGUUCAAUGCUCGCUAUGACGGAAGAUGCUGAAUCUGCAAUCCUCGACAAGUAUCGCAUGGAAAUCGAACGCAAGGUCAGUGAAAAGGAACGUCAAAGGCUUGCUGAAAAACAGCGCAAGGAGCAACGAGCUCAGGAGCGGGAAAAGAUUCGCGAAGAAAAACUGCGCUUGGAGGCCAAGAAGAUGGAAGCUGCCUAUAAGCAACAACAACAACAGCAGCAGCAGAUUCAGCAGCAACAACCGUCGCAACAGCCCCAGCCACAGCAAUCACAGCCGCUUCAGCAGCAGCAGCCUCAGCAACAACAGCCACAGGUACAAACCCAGAUACCGAUUUCUGAACAGCCACAAACUCAGAAGCAAAUCGAAUUGGAAACCCAAAAGGACACGGAAGCUACACGAGACUACACUGAGGAGGCUACCAUCUCUAACAGUCCUCAAUCCACCGCUCUGCCAACGGUCGACGACGAAGCAGUGCAGCGUGCCGUCGAGGAAGUAGCAGCCGCGGUUGCGCACCAAGAAGCGGAGCCUAAAAUGCAGCACAUACUCUCCCAUGAUACCGGACACAGCGAACCAACAUUUUCGGUUCGGCGAGAAAUCUACGGUCCCAACGGCAGAGAGAAUCGAAACGUGUACUUCACGCUGAUGUUCGCCUUCGUGGCUUUGAUGGGCGCUGUGUUCGUGGGCGUUGCCGUAGCCAAGUGGAAGGCUUCGCGAUCACCUCAUGCUCAAGGAUUCGUCGAGGUUGAUCAGGCCGUUGGACAGCCAAUCACGCCGGAAGAGCGGCACGUGGCCAACAUGCAGAUCAACGGAUACGAGAAUCCAACCUACAAGUACUUCGAAGUGAAGGAAUAAUUUGUGAACCUGUAGGCCAAGGGCACUCAUUUGAUGAACAAUGAUAUUGUGUGGAAUCGUUUUCAACGGACACCGGUUGAAUACUCGCUGUGAACGUUGACAAAUCUCAAAGAAUCUGUUUGAAUGGAAAUGGAUUUUUACAUAAUUACGUUUGAUCUCAGUUCAAAGGCGCUGCAAAGUUAGGGGAGUAAGAGUUCCCAAGAAGACGGAAGAAACGUCUAACAACAUGUUGAUUUGUGACUAUGACGCAAAAUAUAAGCAAAGAUAAGUAAGAUUACGUAAGGUCAGUAUUUUGCUUUCGGAAGUAUGGAUUUUAUUUUGUAUGAAGGGAAGUACUAAACUAUCGUUAAAAAGUGUGAUUGUAAUUGUAUAUUUGCCCGCUAGACACUAAUUUAUAAGAGCAUGCAAAGGGAGAAAUGGGAGAAGCAGAUUGAAAGUCAUCAAACUGAAGGAUGCCGCCGUUACCAGUGAAAUAAAUAACCACAUCACCACCUGUUUGGGCGAUUUUUCAACUAACAAUACUAACACAUUACACAUUUAGAAGUAACAGACUUCACACUUUUUUUUUGUUCAGGCACAUCCUCUUGCAUCGUAGCUGCGACUGAGGGUUUAAAAUGGUCUGCUUGCUCUGCGAACUAUUAGAACGCCCUCUUCAUCCCUCACACAUAGUUAGAUAGCUAAGUAGCUAAUUAGUUAUUAUUACAAAGAAAACAUGACAAAGCAAGAAAAAAAAAGAACAAAAACAAUAAUUGUAAGUAACAUAGCUUUUUUGAUCAGUGAACCGGAAAAAUGGUAAUAGAAAAACUAUCAAAAUAUAUAUAUUUUUUGUAACAAGCCUGCUAUACGCUUUGAAAUUUCAUAUUUAUAUAAUCUUAACAAUAAUAAAGGGUAAACUAUAUAUUUACAACAACAAUAAAACACUCACUAUCACAUGCUUCAAGACAAAACAAUAAUUUCGAGGCUUUUGGGUUUAAUUUUCCUUCGACAGUUGAAAACUCACUUAAAGCAAGUAAAAAAACUUGGCAGCAGGUCAAACAAACAAAAACCACACUCAAACACUAUAGAUGUCGUCCUCGUUGUGUAGACACAAGGUGUGUAAAACCCAAACAUCGUAGCCCAAUGAGAUGUGUGUACCAAUUAAAGAGCUUCUUCCGAGAAACAAAGUAGCGAGCAGUAGAGAAUUUUGAUCAACAUUAACCACAGCAGAACAACACAAAGCAAAACAACAUCAAUCAUGCAGAGUAUCGCAAAAAUAAAAUGUGCAUCCUGAUAAUUCAAAUUCGUCCAUUUUUGUAGACUUUUGCGAGCGCGUUAUUAAAUGUAAGAGAAACUAAUGAGAAAAAAAAAUGUCAUGUUGCCCCCAUUUUCAGCUGUAGAAACAUCAAAAUUACUCAUUCAUUGUUGCCAGAAUUGCUUGUGAUGAAUUUAAACGCUUGGCGCUCUAUCCAUUGUUUCAGUGCACUUCCUUGGCCCUGGGAAGUGAUCCACACUAACACACACACGCCACACAAUGGUUCCAUUUAUUUCGCGAUAAUCACACAAACUUAACCAGAACACUUCAGUCAACCCGAACCGGUCAUUUUUCAUAUUAAUCUUCGCACGCUGAUUGGGAAAGACAUAAACUCUAUGUAAAAAUGAAUUUGAUAUUAAUAGAACACUAAAAUUAACAAUAAUGACUAAAAGUAUUUAAAAAAGAAGGCAGAAUAAGUAGAUUAUAUAUCAUGUAUAAGUAUGUAACGAGGAUAUUUAUACAACACGUAUAAAUGUAACAAUGUAAACAUUUACAGAAUAGUUUUAUUAGGGACUAUAAAAGCGUCACUUGAUUUCACUCAACAAGUCAACACUAUCUUUUCCCUGGUUUAAGUUAUUUCAUAAGUUAAUUGACUAAUCUACUUGAAGUUACGAUAAAAAAAACAUCUAGUCUCAACUAUAACGUUGAAUCAAUAUAAAUUUAAAGAAAUAAUACAAGACAAAAUAAACGUGCUGAACGGUAAUGCAAAACAUUCUUGAACUUUGAUACCGAAGAGAAGCAAAAACAAGUUUAUCACAAAAAGCGCUUAGUUUGACACGAUUGCUAUCCACUAAACUACUCAAGUAAAAGCAACAAUUAUAUCAGCAAAGUACACGCUAAAUCAAAAUGUAACCGCUCGUUUCUUCAUCAGUUCGUUUUCCAAACAAAAAUAUUACUCAAAACUAUUAUAUAUGAACAACUUUUUUAAAAAAUAAAACAAGAUAAAGACACUAAAUGAUACAAAUCGAAGAAUGCAAAAAAAGAAAAACCUAACCACAUAGCUGUCAGAAAAAAUAAAAUGGAAACAAUACACUUAAAUUGGAAGAAACAACCUCUAAGCAAAAAAAAAUCAAUCGUUUUGUGUGCGACAUUUAGAAAGACAACAAUUUGUAUUAUCAAUGAAAGCAACCAGAUGAAGCAAAACCCAAUUAAUUGUUACUCGUAAGUGUAAUGAUUGAUGACCAUAGAUGAAUACGUCCCAUUGUCAUUGCAAAACCUAAGAGAUGAACAUAGUGUCGCGAGAAUUCAACCUGAAGGUGACAGCAAAUUCGAACGCCAAACAUCAUAAAACUCAGCACACUCCCAGUGGAUUGGAUUUUGUUUAAAUUUAUUAUGAAAACUCUCUCAGAAAACUGCACAAUAAUUUUAACACCCUCUAUUUUACGGUUGAAGAACAUCUCGCUGUUUGUACCGACGCUGGAGAAUAAGUGAUAACCGUUUUCGAUUCGUGAAAUGAUCAUGCUUCUGGCAGAAAGUCCCAGCGCUUUGUUGGAGGACAAUUUCUUAGUUCCGUUCGAUCGCCAGUAUAAAGGCGAUCGUGUGCUACCCAUACAAACCGACAAUGACAGCAACUUUGCCGCGAUAACAUAAACGUAGAGUGAAUGUAUCAGCGGUAAAUAAAAACAAAUGAAAUACCUAUUGUUUCUAUCUAUAAAGUCAGGCAAACCAGAAAAAAAUCGUUCCAGAAUAUCUGUUUGUAGAAUGAAAGACAGCGCCGGGAAAAUUGAAAACGAGGGAAAGACGGUGAAGAUUCGGAGGAAG